UUUUCUUACAAUUCCCAUUUGUUUGUGUUCUGAUGCGUUCUAUAUAAAAUGCUCUUUUACCGAAUGAAUUUGUGCAUUUCAAUUCAAUUAUGUCAUUGUCUUACCGCAUUUUUAUUGUAAUCUACUAGUACUUGUUUCUGCAUUUUACUCAACUCCUUUUAGGCUUUUAUGUCUCAGCUUUUCUGGUUCAUUCUUUUUUCCUUGGCCCAGACUGAUUAAAUUGUUUAGAAACUCUGGAAGUUAUUUUUCAGCAGGAUGGCCCUGCAGACAGCUGAUCCUCCUGUUGCGCCAAGUGCACAAGUUGUUGCUAAUGCUUUUGUUGAGCAGUACUACCAUAUUCUUCAUCAUUCCCCUGAGCUGGUAUAUAGAUUCUACCAGGAUUCAAGUGUUGUUAGUCGCCAGGAUGAGAAUGGCGAGAUGACAUCUGUGACAACGAUGCAAGGUAUCAAAGCAAAGAUUGUUUCACUAGAUUACAAAAAUUACAAGGCGGAGAUAAUGACUGCUGAUGCUCAGGAUUCAUUCAAAGAUGGGGUGAUUGUCUUAGUGACCGGUUGUUUAACUGGAAAGGAUAACUUACGGAAGAAAUUUGCUCAAUCAUUUUUUCUUGCUCCUCAAUCCAAGGGAUAUUUUGUCUUGAAUGAUGUAUUUAGAUAUGUUGAUGAAAGUGAAAGUUCAGAGACGAAUAUGGUGACUAUUGCUAAAGUUGAUGAUUCUGGAUCUGUUCCAGUAGUCGCAGAAAUAGAGCCUCUUCAUGCCUAUGAUGCCUUGACCCAGAAGGUGGCUCCUCCAAAUGAGAACAAUCAUGAUGUUGAACAGUCUGCUCAAGCUGUUGAAAAGGAAAUAACUUUACCUAGAGAAGAUAUGGUCCCUGAAAAUUCUCAAUCAACUGAAAACCAUAUUUCUGAAAGCACUGAAUCAAUACAAAUAUCUACCCAAGAUGAUGGUGCCAAGAAUUCAUAUGCAUCAAUUGUGAAAAAGGCAAAGGGUGAUCCUGGUUCGACAAACGUUUAUGUGCCUACUAAUACGGUAAGAUCAGCUCCCAGAGGAACUCAAAAGCAAUCUUCUGGAUCUGUGCCUUCAGCGUCAACUAGGGAAUCUUCAGCACAGAAUCAACCCCCUGAGAGUGCUACUGCUGAAGUAGAAGGUGAUGCAAUUGAAGGUCAUUCCAUUUACGUGCGCAAUUUGCCAAUCAAUGUCACAGUUGCUGACCUGGAGCAAGAAUUCAAGAGAUUUGGUACAAUAAAACAAGGUGGUGUACAAGUCAGAUACAAUAGGCAGCAGGGAACUUGUUAUGGAUUUGUUGAAUUUCUUUCCGCAAGUUCAAUGGAAAGUGCAAUUCAGGCUUCUCCAAUUGUGGUUGGAGGUCGACAAGCAUUUGCUGAAAUAAAAAAGACAUCAACUCGAGUUGACAGUGGGCGGGGCAGGUUUCCUUCAGGAAGGGGAGGAUUUCGCGUUGAUAAUUUUAGGGGUCGCGGAGGUUACGGUGGUGGGGGCCGUGGUUUUGGUGGUCGAGGAGAAUAUUCCGGACGAGGACGAGGACAAGGAGCAGGCCGUGGUGGUGAUGGUUAUCAGCGAGGCAGGGGAAGAAGCGGACGUCACCCUGGGGGUUUUCGAACAAAUGUCGAUUCAUGACACUGUCAGCUUCCAAGCCUUAUAUGACAUGAUUCUUUUUGACAAUCCCUGCAUAAAUCAAUAUUAGGUGCUUUACUAAAAAAGUAUUGGCCUCCGGGCAGCCGAGCUGAUCAAAGUGAAGAUGGCUUCGAAAUCAUACUAGAGUUCUAACUUCUAACACCUGAUAUGGAACCCAACUUAUUUUCGUCGUAUUUUAAACUAUUUUUGCAGUAUUUUCUGUUAGAUCUUUCACAAAUUUUCAGCAGUAAUGUAAGUAUGUAACUACAAGAGUUUUUUCCUCUUUUUUUUUUCAAACUCCUGUAUGAUUACUGGUACUAAGAUUUUCAUGGAAUCACCAAAGCCUGUUAGCUGAUAAUAUUUUAAGUUGUCAA